AUAAUUCAAUCUACAUUCAAUUUCGUUUUGCUUGUUUUGAAUCAUUCUUGUAGUCUGCUCUGUUCAUAGAACAGAAUGAUGGUAGAAUACAAACUCUAUGUAGGUCAAAUUUUAGUUCAGGCUGGACUUACAGGCAUGUAUAUCAUAGUUAGAAUUGCUUUUGACAAUGGGAUGAACCGUUUCGUAUAUGUAGCUUAUAGACAAGCUGUUGCUACACUUGUAAUGGCCCCUAUUGCUUAUUUUUUAGAAAGAAACGACCGUCCCCCAAUGACUUGUACCAUUUUCUGGCAGAUCUUUCUUAUUGCUCUUUCUGGGAUUAGUGUGAGCCAGAAUCUAUUUUUCAUUGGCUUGGCAUACACUUCGGCCACCUUCACAGCUGCAAUCAUAAACGUCCUUCCUAUUGUCACAUCUGUGAUGGCCAUUGCUUUUCGAUACGAGAAAGUUGACAUCAGAACUAAGCGUGGACAAGCAACAAUUACAGGGACUGCUAUAUGUGUGGGAGGGGCAAUGAUUAUGACAUUAUACAAAGGCUCUACGAUUAGUCUUACUGGGACACUUGUCCUAAAACUGAGUACAUGGUUUCUGGGUGCAGCGUCCUUGGUCGUUUGCUUGCUUUUUUUGGCGGCAUACCUUACUUUUCAGGUCCCAAUUUUGAAGAAGUAUCCCGCUCAAAAAUCAUUCAUAGCAUUGGUACUCUUACUAGCCACACUCCAGAGCACAGUAAUGGCCUUAAUAUUUGAGCCACACAUCUCUUCCUGGAAAAUAAACUGGGGCAUAGACCUUUUCAGCAUUGUAUACUCGUAUGAGUUCGGCCUUUACAUUCUUUGUGCAAACCUACACCAUCAAAGAAAGAGGACCCAUCUUUCCAUCACUCUUCAAUCCAUUAUCUGCAAUUAUAGUUGCAGUCUUGGAGCUGACGAUCUUUCAUGCAAGCCUUCAUGUGGGAAGCGUGGUAGGAGGAGUUCUAACAAUUGCAGGACUUUACAUUGCUCUGUGGGGAAAAGCAAACGAUAAAGAAGAAACGAGGCCAAUAGAAGAUGAGGUUGAAGAUGGCACAGUUGAAACUAAGUAGCCUCUGUUAAAGACAUGAAUCUCAAUUAGAUAAAGAAAUUUCUCACCACCAGACAACAACUAAUAUUUAGUAGCAUCCUAGCCAACUGCAUGGUGUACCUUAAAUAUGGAAAAUUGUAUAGGUCAUUAAAAAAUUAUAAACAUAUUAAAUAUCCACAGUUAAUAACGUUAUUCAAAUAGAUUUCUUUUUACAACA